CAGCGUUCUCCGCCAGUCCGCUGCAACGACGAUCCAAAGCAACAACUCCCCGCGUAAUUGCAAGCGAUGUGCGAGCGAUCGGAGAAAGACUUGUUGGAUCCUUUGAUCAACAAAAUAGUGGCGAAUCUUGGCAAAGAUUUCGAUGACGUGCGCUACGAGAUAUCCGUGCCAAAAGAUUCCUUCUUCAUCUCGAAUCUGUACUACCUCAACAUAAACUCGAAUGCCAAGGACACGGAUAAAAGGAGAACGGUGAACGUUGUCUUGAAGAAACCAUCCGUUAUAUCCGACGUGCGUGACGUAAUGAGAAUGAACGAGCAAUUCCACAACGAGAUACUGUUCUACCAAAGAUACGCGAAACACCACGAAGAAUUUCCUCGAUGCGUGCUCGCCGAGGAGAAACCGCCGUCCGACUCGGCGAUCGUUCUCGAGAACGUGGUCGCCCAGCGUGGAUACGAUAUCUGCAAAUGGAAAUACGACGUGCCUCUCGAAUACACGAUGGCCGCGUUUCGAGAGAUCGCGAGAUUCCACGCCAAAGCUUACGUGGCGAAGGAGAGGCGCCGCGAACAAUUCUUCGAUUUCGUGAACGAUCUCCAAGAGGUCAGGUAUUACGAGGGAUCGAUCUUGAAAGUUGUUUACGACGGAACGGCGAGCAGAUCGGUGGAAUAUCUUCGCGGGAGGGGAUACGAUCCGCGAUUCUGUGACAAACUCGAGGAUAAAUUGAGGAGCACGUACGAUAAUCUGAUUAUGAAAUACGUCGAACCCGAGGAACCUCUCGCCACCCUUUGCCACGGUGACUUCACUAUGAACAAUACGUUGUUCAAGAACGAAAACGGUGAAAUUAAAUGUAUGUUCAUCGAUUUCGCGUUGACUAGGUACGGAUCGCCGGUCUUGGAUUUGUCCACGUUUCUCUGUCUCCAUUGUGCGAGGGAGGUGGACAAGGGCAUGCUUGAUAAAGUUUUGAAGGUGUAUCACGAUUCCUUGACUCGUUGUCUCGAGGAAAACGGCGUGGACAGUGAGAAAUAUUCGUACGAGGCUUUGCGAGAGGAUUACAGGAGGAAGGGUCUGUUUGGAUUUUUCAUCGCCACGUUUUUCUUGGCCACAGUGAUGGGUCUGAGUGACGGUGGUCCGGAAAAAUUGUUCGAGAUGGAUAUACAGGAUUGGGGACCGGCAUUGCGUGAACAAGGUGGUGACGAAUGUUCGGAAAUUAUGGCGAAUAUGUUGUUGAGAUUGAAAGAAUUUGGAUGUUUGGACCAUUUGCUUGACGAUUGAUUUUUAAUGCUCCUUCGUUGAUUUUUAAAGUAUUCUUGUUAUUGUUUUUUUCUUUAAAGUAUUUUAUACAUUUUCUUUUAAAGUUCUUUUCAAUCUCAAUAUUUUCCAAGUCCAUAUUUUAAAUUAACGAUAAUAAAUAAAAAAAAGAAUUUGCGUUUUAUUAUUUGAAAAUGAAAAUGCGAAAUUUUAAAAUGAUAAUGAAAAGAGAAACGUGGAAGUAAAUCAAAAAAGUCGAUACAAAUAAACGAAUCUUUGUACGUAUUUGAGCGUGAUCGUUUCGUUAUCUUUCUUAUCAUUUGUUUAAAGACACACUGUUUUAAAGAUAUAUCUUUGUAACCUAAUUGGAAACACUGGCGUGUAAUUAACGUAUUAAUUACAUACAUGCACAUACAAGCAUCUGACAAUCAUCGUUUUUAUUACUUCUAUUACGUAGUGUGACGUGUUUUUUUUAUUUCUCAUCAAAAACAUAGAAAUAAUAAAUACGCGUAAAAGAUUUUAUAAAGAAUUUUUCUAAACGUUCUUCUAUUGAUUAAAGACGUAUGCUCAUCGAUUUCUAUUCAAUAUCGAUCAUGAAAGCCAAAGACCAAAUAUUGUCUGAAUGUGAUAAUAUAAUCUUACAAAUACUUAUAAUACUUAAAAUUAGUAAACAUAUAAGUAAUACAUUAAGACAGAAACGAUGCGUAGUUGAAAAUAUUUUUCUAUUCUCAUAAGCUAUACAAUAUCUCAUAUUUAAGCACUAUUUUAUAAGAAUUAAUAUUAUUUAUUUACAAUUUUUAAAUUUAAUUAAAAAAUCGUGAUUUUAAUGAUAGUUUAUAUUUAUGUAAAACUUAAUGAAUUAUAGUGCAAUUUUGUUGUCAAUAAAAAAUUUCUUUGUCGAAAUUAAA